CGCUCCUCCCGGGACGCCGACGGACUCCAGAGACGUCUCCAAUUGGCCGUCGAGGGAACGGAAGCCGAAGCAGAGCAGUGAACCCGGAAGUGCUUCGCGGCGGAGGCCCGGGCGACUCUUUUUGAAUGGAAUCGGGCUGAUUCAUCGCCGGUUCGCGGAGCCAGAGCCCAGCCGAGUCUGACCCCUUGCUGCAGCCGCCACCGCCGCCGCGUCACCGCAGCUGAAAGACAAGGGUCCAGACCCCGGAUUCCUGCCCGCCUUCAGGAGAGAGAGAAAAAAAAUACUUGGAUAAAAUCAUACCUGCCAGUAUUAACAAGAACUUGACUUAGAAGAAACUUAUCAAAGUCAACAAAUUGAAGCUUUACAUUACUGGAGUUGUAGUUACUGACCAGAAACAUGGACAGACUUCUUAGACUUGGAGGAGGUAUGCCUGGACUGGGCCAGGGGCCACCUACAGAUGCUCCUGCAGUGGACACAGCAGAACAAGUUUAUAUUUCUUCUCUGGCACUGUUAAAAAUGUUAAAACAUGGCCGUGCUGGAGUUCCAAUGGAAGUCAUGGGCCUGAUGCUUGGAGAAUUUGUUGACGAUUACACCGUCAGAGUGAUUGAUGUGUUUGCUAUGCCACAGUCAGGGACAGGUGUCAGUGUGGAGGCAGUUGAUCCAGUAUUCCAAGCCAAAAUGUUAGAUAUGCUGAAGCAGACAGGAAGGCCUGAGAUGGUUGUUGGUUGGUAUCACAGUCACCCUGGCUUUGGUUGUUGGCUUUCUGGUGUGGAUAUCAACACUCAGCAGAGCUUUGAAGCCUUGUCGGAGAGAGCUGUGGCAGUGGUUGUGGAUCCCAUUCAGAGUGUCAAAGGAAAGGUUGUUAUUGAUGCCUUCAGAUUGAUCAAUGCUAAUAUGAUGGUCCUAGGACAUGAACCAAGACAAACCACCUCAAAUCUGGGUCACUUAAAUAAGCCAUCUAUCCAGGCAUUAAUUCAUGGACUAAACAGACAUUAUUACUCUAUCACUAUUAACUAUCGGAAAAAUGAACUGGAACAAAAGAUGUUGCUAAAUUUGCAUAAGAAGAGUUGGAUGGAAGGUUUGACACUUCAGGACUACAGUGAACACUGUAAACAUAACGAAUCAGUGGUAAAAGAGAUGUUGGAAUUAGCCAAAAAUUACAAUAAGGCAGUAGAAGAAGAAGAUAAGAUGACACCUGAACAGCUGGCAAUAAAGAAUGUUGGCAAGCAGGACCCCAAACGUCACUUGGAAGAACAUGUGGAUGUACUUAUGACGUCAAAUAUUGUCCAGUGUUUAGCAGCUAUGUUGGAUACUGUUGUAUUUAAAUAAAGCAACACAGAAAGCUUUGAGAGAUACUUUCAGUGUAUAUUACUCAAUUGUUCCUAAUGCUCCAAAUCAAGGGACCUCUGAAGGUGUAUUUGGUUAAAUGUAAGACAUCUGGCAUCAUUUGCAGCACUGUAACACCUUCAGUCUCAGUUGUGCAAUUACUUCUGUUUCUUUAGUCAGGGUCUUUGCAGAUUCCAAAGUUGUAUAAGAAUACAUCAAAGUGGACAAAUUUUGUUAAGAUCCCAUUUAAUAUUUGAAGAAAUCAGUAACACAAAUAUAUUUUGAUUGUUGCUUACAAAAUAAAAUACAUUU